GUUUGAAAUCUUUUAUAAAGAGAUUUAUAAACAGAUUAUUUCUGAGUUUGAAUAAAACACUUCAUUAACAUCUCGAACCUGUCUAAAUGAAAAUUUACAAUUAUUGUAAUUACAUUCCACGGAAAGCUGCUAAUUUUUAAACAGUCCAUUGUUUUAUAUUGUUUGUCAUAAGUGAAUCGUUGCCAUUUGUUGUUGGUGUUGUUGGUGUAUAGAGGUCUUCUGAAUCUGUCUGUUGCCAAAAAACCACCUGUAAAAAUGUUUGAAAAACUUUAUUGGAGCCAGUUUCAAAGCACCAAAUUCAUUAAAUUCAAUUAAAUUUAUUAUUUUGGUAAACUCGUGCAACCAAAGUUGGAUUACAAUAACUUCUAAAGGUACAAAAUAAUAAUGAUUCAGUUGUGUAAUACAUGUUGCAGUUAACUUGGUGGCUGUUUUGAACAAGUUGUGUGCCUUCUACAAUAACUAAACAGACUGUGAUGCCAUGGGACGGAAGCGGAGAAGAGAUAACAUGGAAGAUAGUGAUGAUAGUGAUGAGCAAAUGACGUCAUCGUCAACGUCACCUGAUGAUGAUAACGAUGCUAAACCGAUCCAGGAGCGCAAUGCAGCGAACGAACGCGAGAGAGCUCGAAUGCGAGUAUUGAGUCGUGCCUUCCACCGCCUGAAGACCUCACUCCCCUGGGUGCCACCCGACACGAAACUUUCCAAACUGGAUACGUUGAGACUGGCCUCGUGUUACAUCGCUCAUCUCAGCAGAAUGCUAGCAGACGAUGGUGACGCCAAUGCAGCUGCUACAGUGAAAGCUCUAGUGACGUCUGAACAUGCGAGUGAACUGGUUAGAGGAGUGGUGGGCAGCUACUCACUGGACGACAUCAACUUGAAGUCCUCCACUAAACUGAAAAACAACAUUGCACCAAAUAACAUCUAACUAACCGCGAUAGAAAAGAGGAUGGCGAUGAUGAUGAUGAUGAUGGCAAUGAUGGUGAUGAUCAUGAACAUGUGACGAUCAUUUAAAGAUGAUGAUAGUGAUGAUUAUGAUGAUGAUGACGACGACGAUGAUGAUUUAAAAUUUUUUGUACUUUUAUAGCCAGUUGUCAGUCAUUCCGUGCAGUCAUUUAGCCUGAAGUUAAAAUAAAAUAAAUAAGAUAUUUAUUUUAAUAAUUUUUAACUCUCCAAAUGAUGCCUUAUUUAUGACCUUCUGACACGAAAAUGUACCUUAUCUCUUUUCUAUCUUUAUAACUAUAACCUGUAUAGACACGUAUAAACACACACACACAUACACACACACACAUACACACAAAUACACACACAAACAAAAAAAACAAACAAUUAUAUAGAUAUAAAUUUGUAUGUAUGUAUGUGUGUGUAUAUAAUUGUUUUAUAUAAGACAAUUUUUAUAUCUGUAUUAUAUCUUUAAAAGCAUCGUUGAUACACGAACGGAUGAAUAAAUAUUAAUGAAUGUUCAA